AUGGGUAGAAGAAGUAGAGCAGCUAUGCUCCCAACAAAUAUCAUUCUUUUACAGAAUUUGGUAAAGCGUGACCCAGAAUCCUAUCAAGAGGAGUUUCUUCAACAAUACGCACACUAUGAAUCCCUAAGAGAUAUCUUUAUGCUAAACGGGCUUGCUGGAAGUGAUUCUGCAGCCGCUAAUAAUGGGCUAGAUGUGGGAAAUGGUUCAUCUACAGUGGCUGGUACUAAUGGUACCACCAUGAGCACUUCAACGUCCCAACUUAUUGAAUUGGUUGGUUUCGUAUCUCAAGUUUGCUCCUGUUUUCCUCGUGAAACUGCAAACUUUCCGUCUGAAUUAAAACAGCUCUUGUUGGAACACCAUAAAUCUUUGCCAUUUGAAUUAAAGGAAAAAAUCUUAAGUUGUUUGACAAUGUUGAGGAACAAGGACGUCAUUACUGCUGAGGAAUUAAUUCAGAGCUUAUUUCCUUUGCUAGUUGCCUACUCUUCCCAUGGUAAUUCACUUGGCAUCAACUCCCAUGCCAAAGAAUUGAGAAAAAUCAUUUAUACAAAUUUGAUUUCUUUAUUGAAAAGUUGUAAUACCAAUGGUAAAAACCAAAAACUGAACAAAUCCACGCAGGCCGUUUGCUUUAAUUUGUUAGAUAAACCAGAUUCUCAAGGCAUUUGGGCCACAAAAUUAACUAGAGAACUCUGGAGACGUGGUAUUUGGGAUGAUUCAAGAACUGUUGAAAUUAUGACUCAAGCCGCUUUACACCAAGAUGUCAAGAUUGCCAUGUCUGGUGUGAUGUUUUUUUUAGAUGCUGAUAGAGAACGUGAAGAGAAUUUUGAGGAAAAUUCGGAGGAUGAAGAUGGAUUUGAUUUAGAUGCAUUAAGGCAUAAGAUGCAAGUUAAUAAAAAAACUGGUAGACGUGGUAAAAAGCUGGAGAAUGCCAUAAAAACUGUUAAAAAGAAGAAAAAGAAUGGACCAGGCACUCCUCAAGGUUAUUUAAACUUCAGUGCCAUCCACCUUUUGAGAGAUCCACAGGGAUUUGCUGAAAAAUUGUUUAAGGAACAUCUUUCCGGUAAAACGAAAAACAAAUUUGACAUGGAACAGAAAAUAUCUUUGAUGCAGCUGCUAUCAAGGUUGAUUGGUACCCAUAAGUUGAUUGUUUUAGGAAUUUACACGUUUUUCUUAAAGUAUUUAACUCCGAAACAAAGAGACGUUACAAGGAUUAUGUCAGCGUGUGCUCAAGCGUGCCAUGAUCUUGUCCCCCCUGAAGUUAUAAAUGUCAUGGUGAGAAAGAUUGCUGACGAGUUCGUAUCAGACGGUGUUGCUAAUGAAGUCGCUGCUGCAGGUAUCAAUACCAUUAGAGAAAUAUGUUCUCGUGCACCAUUGGCCAUUGAUGAAAUCUUGCUACAAGAUCUGGUAGAGUACAAGGGGUCUAAAGCCAAAGGUGUUAAUAUGGCCGCUAAGUCAUUGAUAGCAUUAUAUAGAGACAUUGCACCAGAAAUGCUAAAAAAGAAGGAUCGUGGUAAAAAUGCCGCCAUGGAAGUACAAGAAGCCAAGAGAGGAGGUGAGAGUUCAAAAAGACCGCAAUUUGGUGUUGACAACAGUGUUCAGGGGAUUGCUGGUAUCGAAUUGUUGGCCAAAUGGAAAAAAGAACACGGUGAAGAGGGUGAAAAUGAAGACGCUGACGCCAACUGGGAAGUAGAUGUCGAUAGUGAAGAAGACAAUAUCGAUGGUGAUUGGGUCACCAUGGAUAGUGACAAGGAAUAUGAUGUUGAUAUGGAAGAUAGUGACGACGAGAAAGACAAUGCUAAGGAUAAAGAAUCGGAUUCAGAUUUGGAACUAAGUGAUGAUGAGGAGGAAAAAGACGUGAAGGAUGAGCAAGCAAAUGUAGACGUAGAUCCAGAAGCUGCCUUCCGUGAAAUUGCUUCCACACGUAUUUUGACCCCGGCAGAUUUCGCGAAACUACAAGAAUUGCGUAACGAAGACAGCGUUGCUAAAAUCAUGGGCGUUCACAAACAGGACAAACGUGAAGAGUUAGUUGAUGCAAGUACACUAACCGGUCCUAUCAAAUACAAACAGUCUCGUGAAGAAAGAUUACAAAAGGUACUAGAAGGCCGUGAAGGUAGGGAUAAAUUUGGUAGCAGACGUGGUAAACGUGACAAUAUGCGUUCUACUACCAACAGGGAAAAGGAAAGAAGGAAGAACUUUGUUAUGUCUAUUCACAAGAGAUCUGUUAGAGGUAAGCAAAAGAUGUCAUUACGAGACAAGCAAAAGGUGUUACGUGCACAUAUCACCAAACAGAAGAAGAAAGGGUAUUAA